UUUUAUCCACCACACAGAUCUUGGUAUCACCUAAUCUAUCUUGACUCGGGAAAACUAUGGAGCCUAGCUUACAUGGUGCGAUUUUACUAGGAUUGCUUGCAACAAUUCUGGUUACGACGGCCCAUGGCCAAGGUGGAGAAGAAAUGUGGCCAGUGGAGAUGGGGAUGAUCGAAUACAGAGGAUUAUGGAGGAGGAAGCUGAUGACGCCGUUGGAGCUGUGCUUGGAGUGCAAAUGCUGCUCCUCAAUCACUUGUGCCACCAUGCCUUGCUGUUUCGGCAUCAAUUGCCAACUUCCCAACAAGCCAUUUGGCGUUUGCGCCUUUUUUCCCAAGUCAUGCCAUUGUACUUCUUGCUCCAUUUAACUGUAUUUUGUUUCUUCCU